GGAGCGCGCGAGGCAGCAGCCCAGCGGACGCCCCCUCUGAAACAAGUGCGCGUCAAGCGGCCACACCACGUGAACGGCACGAGCGGGACACACCGCCUCGAGACCUGGUGAUUUCUUUAUCAGUUUGUGUUUUUAAUGGGAAUGGACCUCACAGCCAAGAUGGAAAUUAACGUCAGCCAGCAGCAACUCAUGCCUCCCGCUUGCUUCUUUUCCGCCGCGGCGUCCCAGAGCAUCCAGCUGAGCCCAAGCGGCAGCAGCCAGAGCAGCGGGAAGUCGGUGUCCAAGCAGCUCAAGAGGCAGCGCUCCGCCUCUCCGGAGCUGCUGAGGUGCAAGCGGAGGUUAAAUUUCGCGGGUUUCGGCUACACUCUUCCUCAGCAACAGCCGCAUGCAGUGGCCCGGAGGAACGAGAGGGAGCGCAACCGGGUGAAACUGGUCAACAACGGCUUCGCCACGCUUCGGGAGCACGUCCCCAACGGCGCUGCCAACAAGAAGAUGAGCAAAGUGGAGACGCUGCGCUCAGCCGUGGAGUACAUCCGUGCCUUGCAGCAGCUGCUGGACGAACACGACGCGGUGAGCGCGGCUUUUCAGUCCGGCGUCCUGUCACCCACCAUGUCGCAGGGAUACUCCGCUGAUAUGAACUCCAUGGCAGGUUCACCGGUGUCCUCCUACUCAUCCGACGAGGGUUCCUACGACCCCCUCAGCCCAGAAGAGCAAGAGCUGCUAGACUUUACCAACUGGUUCUGAGCAUCUAUAUAAGAACCACGGAUCAACUCAAUUUACUGUUGUGCGCUUGGGAUGGUCCCGGAUGAGGCUGGGUGUCCUCAAGAUCAAGAUGCACUGUACAUGCGUUCUGGUCCUCCCAGACUGUCAGACAGACAAACAGACAGACAGACAGACAGACAGACAGACAUGGCCUUAACGUCCUGAGAACACGGGGGAAAUCAGGCCAGAGAUCAGCGCCAAAAGACUCAAGGAAAACGUGUCUCCUGACAGCGUGGGAAUCCGAGCUUCUGUGCAUUUGCCCAUGAUAAAGCCUAACCCUAAAGUGAAUUCAUGCUCUUCAGCAGCGCAUUAAAAACAUUAUUUAAUACGUCGCUCUUCAACUAUGCUAAAUCCAAUCACAGAACACCAACGCUUUGGUAAACCUCUCAGACGUUUUAAUUCAGAAAAUGCUUCCAAGAUUCCGGAUUUAUUCUAUGAAAUUCUAUAUCAAACGCUUUUUUGGAAAUAUAUUAAGAUAUUUUUGUAUGUAAGAGAUUUAUAGAUGUUUUGUACACAUCCUUUUGUAUAUAUUUUGUCUAAAUAUAACGAAGUUGCUUCUAUACCUCCUGCCUAUGUAGACGUAUUAUUCUUUGGCUCUUCUGUUCAUAAGGUUUCCAGAAGGAGUUUGAUACUCCCACUUUUUAUUUUAGCACCAAUGUGUCUUAUUUAAUAGCAAAACUAUGUUAUUGCAUUGUCAUCAAGUUCACUAUGACCAAAACUUAUGCAGCUAUUGUCCAAACAGAACGUAUCGUCUCUUUAUACUGCCAGCUCUAUACUGUCUUCACAUAAACAGAUGUUGAAAAGAAAUCUUAUAUCCAUAUUUUCUACUCUCUA